ACAACAAACAUAAAAGGUGAGGGACAAAGCCCAUUUUUGUUGAACCCUUGAAAGAACCCCCAAUCUUUCCUCUUGAUUUUUCCUGAAACCCUAGACACUUACCUUUGUUUCUCUGCAACUGUUUAGCAAUGGCUUGCGCUUCUAUCCUCCGCAAAUCGGCCGCCUCUUUGAUCCCACUCGCUGGUCGAGUCGCCCGAGUCCGGAGCAACUUCCAUGCUCCUCUUUCAGCUGCCCUUAAUCAUGCAUUCGCCUCUCAGAAUCCUUCUCAGAGCUCGUUUCUCCGUUCCCUCGAUUUCUCUACUGCUGCUAAUAUGAAGAAGCCGAGUUCUGAUGACUUCCUUCUCCCCGUCAUUGAAUCCGAGAUCCAGUGCGCCGAGGAGAGUGGGGAUUAUGCUCCUAUUGCAGAUGCUCCAAGUGGGUUUCCUUUCAAAAUUGAAGACCUUCCUGGACUUCAAAUUAUAACAUUGCGGAGAGAGUAUGAUGGUGAAACUAUUAAAGUUGAUGUUCACAUGAGUAAUCUUGUUACUGGUGAAGAAAAUGAUGAUGAUGAUGAUGAUAAUGACAAUAGAAAGGCAAAUCAAUCUUGCCUCCCUUUGGUUGUUACCGUCUCCAAGAAAAGUGGACUGAAUCUGGAAUUUCACUGUGUUGCUUUGCCUGAUGAGAUUUCCAUUGACAACUUGGCUGUUAGAAAUUCGGAGAUUGAGUAUCAACUGAGCUAUGAGGGGCCUGACUUCCAUGAUUUGGAUGAGAACUUGCAGAAGGUAUUCCACAAAUACUUGGAGAUUAGAGGAGUAAAGCCCAGCAACACCAAUUUCUUGCAUGAGUACAUGAUUGAGAAAGAUAGACGCGAGUAUCUAAUUUGGUUGAAGAACCUGAAGAAAUUUGUUGAAGCAUGAAUUUAGCUUUCCAGAACAAUUUUGGAAGAAGAGAUACCUUUAAUAUUUUGUCUGUAUUCUUGUCUCUUUUCAUAGGGAUCUAGAUUAUCAUGUAGUUAUGUUUACAGUUUGUACGUUGAAAUACUCAGUUUUAAUUUCAGAAUUUGAAUUUUGAGGAUCCAUUUUCAUACUUCUUCCCUAUAAUCUUCCGGUCAAUUUUCCUACUGUUGAAGCCUUGAAGGUGCCGUAGCUGAAUGUGACCACUUCUCGUAGUUGGAAUCGGCUCUACUUCAAGUGAUCCAUAACCCGCUGAUAAUGUCAUCAAACUUAACACUGAUGGCUUGGCCUUAAGGAAUCCUGAUUUUGCAGUUGCUGGUGGAGUUCUUCAGGACUACCCUGGUAACUGGAUUGUCGGAUUUGCUUGAAAAAUUGGAUUCUCAAUUAGCAUUGCACUAGAAUUAUGGGCAUUAAGGGAUGGUCUCAACCUUGCUGUGUGUCUGAAGGGUUUUCUAAUCUUAUUGAUGAGACAGAUUCUUUGGUUACUAAUAAUUUGUUAUCUAAGCAGGUCCCUUCCUUUCAUCAUAUCAUUGCUCUUGUUCUUGAUUGUAGGACCUCAUUCAUCAACUCCGGCAAGUUCAAGCGGUCGGUCCACAUCAUGAGGG